GCUGCAAUACGAACCAUGGGGCCUUCGGCGCCCUACACUAUACAGAUAGUGGACAUGGUGUCCAGCCAAUGGUUAACUCCGCAUGACUGGCACCAGACUGCCAAAGCAACUCUCUCCCUGGGGGAUUAUAUCCUCUGGAGGACAGAAUAUGAAGACAAGAGCAAAGAAACUGUACAAAAAUCCUCAGGAAAAAGGGGGCCCGAGGUAACUUUAGAGAUGAUGCUGGGGACAGGAGCAUUUGUUGCCCCUGCUUCUCAGGUAAAAAUACCCAAGUUUAUCCUAAAAGAGGUUACUACCAACGCUGUUUUGGCCUGGAGAGCAAUCCCGCCUCCUGGGUCAAAAAAGACUGUCUUGGCAGGAAUAAAACAAGGAAAUGAGGAAUCUUAUGAGACCUUUGUCUCUAGACUGGAGGAAGCUAUCCACAGAAUGAUGCCCCCAGGAGAAGGGGCUAAAAUGCUCUUAAAGCAAUUGGCAUGGGAAAAUGCUAAUUCACUAUGCCAGGAUCUUAUAAGAUCAGUGAGAAAAACGGGAAGUAUACAGGACUAUGUCAAGGCCUGCAUAGAUGCCUCUCCUACAGUGGUACAGGGGAUGGCCUAUGCUGCUGCCAUGAGAGGACAGAAGUACGAAGCCUUUGUUAAACAAACAUAUGGAGGAAACAAUGCUAGGGACAACUCUGGCCCCACUUGUUACUCAUGUGGAGAAGACGGGAGAGGCAGUGAAAGAUGUAAUACAACACCUGGUGCACAGUUUCUCUUACAUGGGUAUCCCGAAGAAAAUAAAACUGACAAUGCACCUGCCUAUGUGACAAAAACCUUAGAGCAUUUUUAUCAACAGUGGAACAUAGCCCAUGUCACAGGAAUUCCAUACAACCCACAAGGGCAAGCCAUUGUGGAACAUAUACAUUACAAUAUUAAAGCACAGAUUCAAAAGUUAAGGUCAACAGGAUGCCGAAUCACCAAUUUGGGACCCAGACAGACUCAUCAGGCCAGGCAAAGGAAACGGACAUCCGUCCCCCAUGCCGAAAGAGGCCGAACCGCCAGAUAA